AUGGAGCUUGAACCGUACAAUAUCAACAUCUCGGUGCUUUGCCCGCCUAACACGGAUACGGAUUAUUUUAGAAGUUUCCACACUACAACGAUGCCUGUAAUUAUGCGAAAAAUGACUGCAGUUGCUGGAUUGGUGUCAGCUGAGGAAGUUGCCAGAGCUCACAUUAGAGACAUAGAAAGUGGCAAUUACUUGACCACAAAUGGUUUGAUGGGAUGGUUCUUAGGUCUGGUCACGGCUGGGGCAUCUCCGGAGAGAAGUAUGUUGCAAGCCCUUGCUCAGUUCUAUUUGAGUGCAUUGGGACGAGUAGGUAUUCUCGCCGUUGUUGGAUAUUUCAACUCACUCUCUAGAGAACAUGCCAAUAUGAGGAGAAAAGAAAGUGAACAUGCUUCGUUGCCUGGCGCAAAAAUCCAUUCAUAGUU